UUUGGAACACCCGAGGCCCUUUGGCGGCGAACAACAGGCAAGGCACUUCCGGUGUAUGUUGCCUAGGCGCCGGCCUGCUGGGCCUGAAGGGACGACGUUGCUGGGUCGUCCCCUCCCCCCCUAUUUUUGGGGGCCGAGAUGUCGGGGCUCAGCUACCCAGAGAUGGAGGGCUGUCGUAACCUGCUCGGCCUACUAGACCACGAUGAUAUCAUGGCCCUGUGCGACACCAUCACCAACCGCCUGGUGCAGCCUGAGGACCGCCAAGAUGCCAUUCGUGCAAUAUUAGUGUACAGUCAAAGUGUAGAAGAGCUUUUGAGGCGUAAGAAAGUCCACCGGGAAGUCAUAUUUAAGUACUUGGCAACACAGGGGGUUAUUAUACCUCCAGCUACUGAAAAACACAAUCUUAUUCAGCAUGCAAAGGAUUACUGGAAAAGGCAGUUACAGCCAAAAUUGAAGGAAACACCAGAGCCAGUUAAGACAGAGGACAUGAGACUCUUUCAACAGCCGGAAAAAGAAGAUAAGAAAGCUGAAAAAGUUGAUUUUCGUCGAUUAGGAGAAGAAUUCUGUCACUGGUUCUUUGAACUUCUUAAUUCUCAGAAUCCUUUCCUGGGACCGCCUCAAGAUGAAUGGGGGCCACAGCACUUCUGGCACGAUGUCAAGCUUAGGUUUUAUUACAACACCUCUGAACAAAAUGUGAUAGACUACUGUGGAGCAGAAAUUGUAAGCCUUCGUCUGCUGUCACUAGUGAAAGAAGAGUAUCUUUUUCUCAGUCCCAAUCUAGAUGCCAGUGGACUGAAAUGUGCUUCUUCUCCCCAUGGUCUAGUUAUGGUUGGAGUUGCUGGGACUGUCCACCGAGGGAACACUUGUUUGGGCAUUUUUGAACAAAUAUUUGGACUCAUACGCUGCCCUUUUGUGGAAAAUACUUGGAAAAUCAAAUUUAUCAACCUGAGAAUUAUUGGAGAGGGUUCUCUUGCUCCUGGAACAUUAAUGAAGCCAGCUAUUACAUUCGAACCUGGUGAUCUAGAGAGCUUUUAUAACGUAAUUACUUCAUGUGGUACCAACGAAAUACAAGUUGAUGUAAGGCAGGCAUUGGAUAAUGGAACUGGAGACCAAGCUUUAUGCAGUGGAGAUGAGGCAUUGUUGAACAAAAGAGAACUGAGUUUACCCAACCCUCUAAAGCAUUGAGCACUGUAUGUCAGUCUAAAAAAUACAGAAACUCUUCCAAAUAUCACAUCAGUAAUGUUUAAGUGGUUUCAGAUGGGAGGAUUGACAUAUUUUAGUUGAAAUAUCUUUCUUGACUACAGACUAAUAUAUUAUGUGAAUACUUGCCUCUUUCUACCUGAGUUGCAGCCAAUGUUCUGAAAGCUUAAUGCAGUUCAUCAAAUAAAUCCCACUUUAGAUGGUAUAACUAACGGUGUGCCUUAGAAACCAGGUAAUACUUUCAUUUUACUUAGUAUUCUAAUAUCUGUACUUUUCAUAUGAGAGAGAUUUAAUGUAAACUCAAAAGUUAUCAUUUUAGGAAACUUGAAUAACAUUCUCACGAAAAAGUCCAAUAAUUUAGCAGGUAGAUAAAAAAUUACUUUCCCUUUUUAAAAUAUGAGGAACAUUUUUCAAAAGUUACCUAUAGUAGUCCAAGCUGAUCAAAGCCUUCAGCUAACAGUUUUAUACAGCAUUUAUUGUAGUACCGUAUAGAGGAAACAUACUGUUGAAAUUUUUAAAGAGGUGUGCCCAGUUCUUUUACUGUUUUCCUCUUGCUUGAUCUUGGAAGAGGUGACAAAAACAGAAAACAGAAAACACACAUACAUAAAUCUAUAAUGUGGGAUAUCUAUUAUAUACAUAUAUAUACUCCCACAUCAUAAAUUAAAAUUAUUAGGAUUUUUCACCCCCAAAUUGUUAAUACAAGGUUUGAAUUACAAGAUUAAGUUGCCAGAUUAAUUACUUAGUUGCUUUAGGGCUUAAAUUCUUCAUCACCUGGCAACUAUUUGCUGAUCUUGGAUUUAGUUAGUAAUUUUAAUUUACAAAAUUUCCAUAUGGAAAAAAUUGAGCUGGGCAUUUUUGUGAUGAUGUGCUGUACAUGGUAAAUUUUUACCUUUAACUCUUCUGAUGAUCACCUAGGGUAAUAAGAAAUUUUGGAAGCAAGAGGAACAAACUCAUCUUUUUUUUUUUUUUUUUUUUUAAUGCCAUGCCUUUAUGAGGAGUACAAAUUGAUACGUCUUAAAAUAAGAACUUAAUAAAGGAGGCAAAUCCCUGGUCUGCUCUAAUAGUGUAUUGUUUAAAGACAGGUUAUGGUUUUCUCCUUUAAGUAUAGAGUAUCAUUAUAACAUGUACUCAAUAAAUUUCCUAAGUAAAGGAUAAAAUUAAAAAAUAUUCCCAUCUGUUUUCUUUGUGGCGUAAUGUCAAGUACUGCAGAAAUACUACUAUAGAUGCUCAGGAUGGGCCGAAGUUGCCUCUAGCUACCUUCAGUAUUUACUUUUUUGAAUUCGUGUAAUGCUCAAGUAAGGUUGCAGUCUCUGUAUGUUCUUUUUUUUUUUUUUUUCCUGUAUGUUCUUUUAAUCAGUCUUGGAAAUUUGAAAUCUUCCUGACAGACUCUCUCACUUGAGGAUGGGAAUUAUGAUUUAUUUUCUGUGAAUCCCCACAGCUGGGCAACACAGUAGGACCUAAUGUUUAACUGAAUGGGUAAAGGAAUGAGCAAGCCAAGCUUACAUACUGUGUAGAAGACUUUUCUGCAUCUAGAUUUUGUCUUUGGUUCUUAUCACUGGUGGUGUUUUGAUCAUUUCAUCUGUUUGAAUUUCAUACAUGGAUACACUGAAACUUUGAGGAUCCAAGCUAACUCAGAUUUGGGGGAAAUUUUAACCUUUUAAAAUUUACUCAAUUUAAAAGCCCAGGGGUCAGAAUGGGAUAAACUGAAAGGCCCUAACCAUUAUAGGUGAAGUGUAUACUCUUCUGUUCAAAGAAAGAAGACCUGGAGAUUCUUGAAAUUUAUUCAUGAAGUUUAAAGUUUGGUCAGGUCUUGGAGAAAGUCCCAAAGCACAGUGCAGAUUGAACUCUACUUUUGCUACCAUCCAUUUGUUUUGUUUAUGUUAGGGAAUGGCAGAGACCCCAGCUUUUGGUCUUUUUUGCUUCAUUUCACCCUCAGCUGGAGUGUGAAAGUUGUUGGAGUGAAGUAGUAAAGAAUACAACACUCUACACAUAUUUCAUAGUAAUUGAAUAGUCAAGCCAGGGGGCCGCUGGGCUUUAUUUACUGUAGACUGAUUUGCCAUAGCCUAAUAAUAGGGCAUACGUCAAGUACCUGUUCUUGUUAAUAUAGCUUAAAGUAAUUUACAUUGGGAUUUUUUAUUAGUAUCUAGAAUGCCAAAAAAAAAAAAAAUUACAUGAGUCUUAUUAACUAAAAUACCAAAUAAUAGAAGCCAUCUCUAUUUUAUGAAAUUAACUUGUAAAUGGCCAACAUAAGAAAUGUUCCUAUAUUUUCGGAAAGGUAGUAUUCUUAUGCUAAAGAAAGGCUAGUUACCCAGUGCCUGUAAGAAAUUGUAAUAGCACCAGAAAAAGAUUUAAAGAAUAGUGGCUUGGGGGGGGCCUGCGUGGCUCAGUUAAGCAUCUGACUUUGGCUUAGGUCAUGAUAUCACAAUUCAUAGGUUUGAGCCCCACAUAGGGCUCUGUGUCUGCUCUGUGCCUCAGAGCCUGCUUCAGAUUCUGUGUCUCCCUCUUUCUCUGCCCCUCUCUGCUUGUUCUUGCUCUGUCUCUCUCAAAGAAACAUUUAAAAGUUUUUAAAGAAAUGGUUUAAUUAAAAACAUAAUCAGCAAUAUUGUGUUUUAACAAAACGGCUCUUAUGGCUAGAUGAUAAAAGUGAAUGAAAACUAUACUUUAACGUUUUUAUUAGCAUCUGUAUUCACAAAUUUUCUUCACUAGUUCUUAAUUUGGGCUGUGGCUAGUGGCCAUCAAGUUUUGAAAAAUGAGAGCUGUAUGUUCUUUCUCCCCAGAAAAAGAUGUGUUUGCAUAUAUAUCACAAUUUUUGCAUUAUUUCAGUGAGUUUUUGGGUUUCCCCAAAGCACAUCUGUGAAUCCUAUAGGGAUCCUUAUAACUUCAAGUUGAAAUCCUGCUAAUAAUAGUUGUAUUCUCUCAGGUUAUUCUUGGAUACUAAAAUUAUUUUUAGAAAAUUUUGUGCCCUUUGCCAGAGUCCCUAAGCUGGAGGACUAAAUCUUCCUUUUGAAUGAAAGGAUAAUUUGUAGAUUUUGUUUUUCAAAAAAUGUCAGAUAUUAAGACAAAACCCACUGAAUUACUGUCAAUUGAAACAAAAAUAUUCAGAAUUCGUUUUAUUUUGGCAAGAUAAAUUUAAUGAACAUCAGAGAAAUUGUGAGAGAAAAAUGUGAAAAGUAUUAAAAAAAAUUCUCUAGAUCUUUACAAAAAGUUGUCCUAAGAUGUUUAUUUAGUAAUGAUUGUAUACUGCCAAUUUUGAUGAAGGAUUUCAAAAAUAGGAUCAUUUCCUCCAAAGGGCUUGUAUAUGUGGUCUCACCUUAACACCAUUCCCUCUCACCUCCCCUCACCCCACCCUAUUUAUAAUCUUCGUAUAUACUCACUUUGAAUGCAGAUAGCACAACUGCAAGUGCUGGGAAAUAAGACUUUCUGCAUUUGGGUUCUCUUCAGGUUUAUUUGGCAUAUAUUUAUGGAGCAUCUACAAUUUAUAAAUCCCUGAAUCAAGCAAAAGAUAAAAUAAUAAUAGAUUACUUAUUUAAACUUUGCAUGUUAAAUUUCGGUUUCUUGGUUUAAAUAUCGUUUUUUUCCCCAUUUUUUAAGUUUAUUUAUUUUGAGACAGAGCGUGUGAACAGGGGAGGGGCAGAGAGAGAGGGAGAGAAUCCCAAGCAGGCUCUGUGCUGCCAGUGCAGAGCCUGACAUGGGGCUCAAAUUCACAAACGGUGAGAUCAUGACCUAAACUGAAACCAAGAGUUGGACGCUUAACCCAUUGAGCCACCCAUGUGCCCCUCUGGGUUUAAAUAUCUUAAGGUGAGAACUACUUGAGGCCCUUUUCAGAAGGGUGUGGUUAUAUCCUUUUGUAUGGUUCAGGAAAAAACACUUAGCUUAAAUUUUAGCUCUGUGGCCCUAGCUAUAUCAUAUUGAUUAUAUCAACACAGAAUAUAGGAUAUUUUGACAGACCACUUAGGGUUGGAAGAAAAAUAUUUAAAAUGCACUGAAUCUUUUUAGCUUUAUUUUUUUCUAGUUUGAACCUUUCCAGUAGUCCUUCAGUAAAACAAUAUUAAAAUGGAGUAUUAGGGGCACCUGGGUGGCUCAGUCUGUUGAGUGUCCGACUCUUGAUCUCAGCUCACAUCAUCAUCUCACAGUUCAUGAAAUCAAGUCCCGUGUCAGGCUCUCUGCUGAUGGCGUGGAGCUUGUUUGGGAUUCUCUCUCUCCCUCUCUGCCCCUAUCCCACUCGCUUUCAAAAGUAAAGUUAAUAAAAUGAAGUAUUAUAUUUACUGUGAGAUAUAAUGUAACCCCCAAACACUAAACCAUAAACUCCAGAGUCAUGUUAGUCAUGGAAUGAUCUAUUUCAGCUGCUGCUGUAGAAUUUCUUUACAUAGAUAUUGACUUAAUAAUUUAUUUCUUUGCUUUAAUAUUUUUUACAUAUUUAUAACAUUAAAAUUUCCUUAACGUGCAGCUUUUGUCCUCCCUUCCAUGCUCAGAUUUUCAGUAGUGUUGCAUUACCUCCAAAAUAAAGUCCAGAUUUUAUAAUUUGGUUCUUAUCACCAUCUACGUUUGUUUUCACUCAUUUUUCAUGGAUUGGUCCAGCCAACAGAUGCUAUUAAGUAGUCUUAGUAUUUGUCCUGUAUUUACUUAGCCCUUUGCUUUUAUUGGCAAGUAGACAGUACUUAGAGUAGUUUGACGUAGGAUUUUUCAACUGCACGAAGGCAUGAAAUUAAAAUGUAUUCAGUAAAAAUGAUACUUUUUUUUUUAAGUUUUAUUUAAUCUCUUCAUCCCAUGUGGGGCUUGAACUCACAACCCAAAGAUCAAGAGUCGCAUGCUCCUUUGAUUGAGCCAGCCAAGCACCCCAGUAGAAACCGUACUUUGAAGUUUGAAUUUUGUUCUUCUCACAGGCUGGAGAUAUGGGGGACAAUAGGUGCUGGGUGGCGGCAGGGAACUGCACUUCCAGUUAGCCAUGCAAUCACAAGGGUAAGCAACCAAUAUACUUCAAAUCAUUCUGUAUCCGUAUGGUCAUUGUUUUUUAUGUUCAUAGAGUAUCCAAUAAAUUACAUGAGAUACUCACCACCUUAUCAUAAAAUAGGCUUUGUGGUAGAUGAUUUUGCCCUACUGUAGGCUAAUAUAAGCAUUCUGAGCCCAUUUAAGUUAGGCUAGGCAAAGAUAAGAUGUUUAGUAGUUCCUAACCUAUUAAAUACAUUUGAACUUAAUGGUAUAUUCAACUUAUAUUAUGUUUCUUGGGCCAUAACCUCAUCGUAAGUUGAGGUAGGUCUGUAUACAAAAUACUUGGGAGUUUAAUUUUUUUGUUGUUGCAGUCUGAUAAUAUAGAAUUAAAAGGGCUAUGAUUGGAAUAAUUUAAAAAUUGGAAGUUUCUUAAGCAUUUUUUCUCUUUAGGUGUUUUGUAUACAUUAUCUAGAAUAAUUUUUCUCUAGCAUUUUGCAUGAUUGCUUAAUUUUUAUCUUUGAGGAUUUGUCUUAAAUGUUUUCUUCUAAGUGGGCCCUAUUGUUAAUAUUUAUCAGAGCACCUUGUUUAUUUCAGUCUUAGCACUUUAAAUAUUAAUUUACUAACUUGUUAAUCUCCCCAGCUGGGUUUUAAACUGAGAGCAGGGACUGUAGCUGUUUGACUUUAAUUUUAUUUCCAUUGCUUUGCACAGAGAUGGGGUAUUCAAUUGAUAUUUAUUAAAGAUAUAAAGGAAAAAGUGA